CCAGUUCCAGCACCACCGCCCGUGGCCGUUGUAGCAGGGCUGCGCCGCCGCUCUGACUGCCGUAGGCUGCUGCGUGGGCCUCCUAGGCACACACACGGGCGUCGGCGCUGGCCAUGGCGUCGCCGUCGCGUAAGGUUCUCCUAGGCGUAACCUUCGAGAGGCGGCUCCGGUCUCGCACUCGGCAACUCUUCUGGGCCGCCGAUCUCCCUGUAGCUACCACCUCUCGCUCUCUCGCGGCCGCCGCUGCCACGACGCUGCCGUCGGGCGGGUCUCCAGCGGCUCUUCUGUUCUCUUUGAGGACCAUCUCGUCAACGCGCCUCUCGAAACUGUCCGCCUUCAGUGACGCGCCCGGCCCAUCUGUGGUGGACCACAAGUCGAUAAUGCAAGAGGAUGAAUUUCACAAAUUAGCAGAUGAGACAAUUCAUGAUUUGCUUGAAACACUUGAGGAAUAUGGUGACUCCAUUCAGAUGGAUGGUUUCGACAUAGACUAUGGGAACCAGGUUUUGACAUUGAGGCUUGGGGAUUUGGGGACAUAUGUUGUGAACAAGCAAUCACCAAACAGACAAAUCUGGCUUUCUUCACCUGUAAGUGGGCCUUCUAGGUUUGACUGGGAUGCAGCAACUAAUGGUUGGAUAUACAAGCGAACUGGAUCGAAUCUUGUGCAACUUCUUGAGAAGGAGAUUGGUGAGCUCUGUGGUACUCCAGUACAACUUUCAUAAUAGUACAGGAAAUGCCACACAACUAGGUUGGAUGGAGAGCAGUGCACUUGAGGUACAGUAUGAAUGAGAGUAUGAGACAACCCUCCUGUAAUAUGGUUAUUCACAAGAUUUUCUUCUGGACAUUUGCACACUGUUUGGGAUAAAUAAUUUCAUUCGCUGA